AUGUUUAUUAUUCUCUCAACAUUAUUAUUGUUUUUAACAAAUGCUGACCUUCUUAACGAUUUCAGUGGCGAUGUCGACAUUUAUGAUAUUGGUAGAAUUGGAAGAGGAAAGAAUGCUGGUAUGUGGCAACAUUCUUUUGAUAAUGGAGUAGACAUCUUCUAUUACCUUGCGAUGCAGCCAUGGAGACACUUUGUUUGGACACAAAAAGAAAACAAUAUAUGGGUAACAAAUACUAUGAACGAAGAUAACAACAUUGACUUGUCUAGAAAUCCGGACUUGGACAAAUAUCCAGAUCAAGACUUUUGCCAAAAGGACUAUGGAUAUGCAAUUCAAAAAUUCGAAAUUGAUUGGGACAGAGUGCCCACUUCUGAUGAUAAGAUGAUACCAGUAAAUGUAAAUGGACAGAAUUGUUAUCAAUAUGCUGCUAAAAGCCCACUUGUCAACAUCAUAUUAAGUAAGAAAAGAAAUUCUGUGCUGAACAAUGAUUACACUAUUUGUAGAUUUGAUUUUAUUGGAGGAAAGUCGAUCACGUUUAGAAGUUUCAAUGGAUAUGAUUCAAAGUUUAUUGAAGACUAUCAGACAAACACCACUUCAAAGUGUAAGAAGUCUUUUACACCAAAUAAUGUAGUAUCAGAGAUGGUUAUAGUCUGGGGAAUUUCAGACAAAGGCGUGUUGAAGUCGGCUCAAGACGCAUUUAAUAAUCACAUCCAACUCUCUUCAGUCACCAACGAUGUAACCAUUUACUAUUUAAAAGGAGAAGCUUACGCUUCAAUCAAAAAACCACUUGCACAAAUCAACGGACUUUUUUUGUCUUCUUUUGAACCAGCAAAGGGUAAGGUUGACACUCUCAUUGUUGCUGCACAAAGAGACUUGGCACCAAAGGUAAAAUCUGGUACAAUACAGAGAGGGACCAUCUUUGUGUUAACUGAUGAAGGGAUCAACACUGCUUUCAACGCAAAAACUAGUUUUGAUGAUGCAGGAUUGACAGUUCAUGUUGUAUCACUAAACAGACAAGGUCCUGCGAUGACAGCUAAAUUGACAACACUUUUGUCGCUUGGAGACCAUUUCCAUGAAACUACAGAACCUUCAAAAAUACCACAGAUGAUCAAUGAAGCAUUUGAUGGUAUCAGAGCUAAUUUGACCCAAAGAUGUGAUAAAAACAAGUGUAAUGGUUUUUGUGAUGCAAAGAAUAGAUGCACGUGUCCAAUGUGUUGUGAAAACACCUGUUUCUAUACAUACUGUGAUACAAAAACAGCUACAUGCAUGCCUUGGCCACCAGCUAAACCAAAAGCCAAGACUUCCUGUCCCGCUGAUUGUGUAGGAGACCGUGUAUGCAAGGACCUUGAAGGAUGUGUUUACUCAAGGUAUAACGAAUCAUGUCGACCACCAGUUUCGUGUAUGACUGCAACAUGCCCAGACAACAAAGUCACUUCGAAAUGUGCCCUAAAAGAUAACUGCCAACUUGAUGACCAACCAGCAGCAGACGGUUAUUGUUACACUUACAAGUGUGAUACCAAAUCUGGUUACUGUGUUAAGGAUCAAAAAGGAAAAGAAAAAUGCCCAAUAAAGACGUCAAAAUGCCAGCAGUACAAGUGCAGUGCCGACUUAUCUUGCACACUCGAAAAGAAGGUCUGUGUGAAAACAAUACCGUAUGUCGAAAUGGAUUGCUAUGAGGCAAGGUGCAACGAAAAAACGGGUCAAUGUGAGAAUAGAUUAACUUGCGACAAAUAUUCCCAAUGCGGUGGGUCUGUCACCGAGUCAAAGUGCAGAUGCAACGCAGAUACAAAUAAUUUAUGUGAAUGUGACCAGAACCCCAAUGGAAAUUACUGCCAAGAUGGAACACAAAUCUGCGACUACACAACCGACAAUCCUCACUGUAUUACAUCAACAUGUAAGGAGGAUUUGAUAAACAAAGAUUGCAUGAAAGCAACAUGCAAUGAGAAAACUGGAAAGGUAGAGUAUGUACCAAUUGAAUGUAAACAAGAAGUUGCUUAUGCAAAUGACGAUUCAAAAGAAAAAUGUAAAAAUAUGUGGGGUUAUACAUGCAAGGACAAUGCUUGUGUUUUGACACAGCUUAAGACUGACAGUGAGCUCUUUGUUAAUUGUGGUGUAUGUAAACUUGUUAACAACAAAGUGCAAUACACCGAGUCAUGUUCUUCCUCAAAAAGUUCUUGUGGAUCAUUUGCGGGUUCUUGUGUUAAUGGAAAGUGUAUAUUUCCAAAUGAAAUAGAUUCUGUGAUUGUUGAACCACAAAAAUUCUGCAAAGAGUGUAUCUCACUUGAAUGUGGACAGGACGACUCUGCUUAUACAUACACUUACGACAACAUAACUGCCAAAUGCUCUUACACAGUCAAAGCGAUUCCACAAUGCGCUGUCUGCACUGACAACAAGUAUCAAUCAAACUGUAUUGACAAAACAGUCACGCCAACUUGGACUUCUGAGAGUGGCGUUAGUAUUAAAUACAGCAUUCCCAAAGAUUGUAAAAACAACCAGUGUUUCCCGCGCUACCCUCUCAAUUGCCAAGAAGAAGAUCUCUUUGGUGAAAUCUUUAAGAAGUUUGGUGACUGUAUGGAUUUAAUCAAUUACAAGUAUCAUUACUCUGAUAAAUUUGAUCCGUUCAACUUUGGUUACGGGUAUCCACAAUCAGAAGAAUUUAUGGCAGAAGCCGAUAAGGAGGCGUACUGUGAAUGGACAUUUUCUAAAAGUGAUUGCAAACAAUGUGUUAUCAAACCAAGUGGUGGUGAAGUUGAAGAAAAAGAAUUUCAAGUUGUGAAUGAAUGUCCAAAGGAACAAAAUGGAGUUCAAUAUCUUUGUUUAGAAAAUGAGUGUGUAGUCGACCCCGAUUUCAAAUGCAAACCAAAAAAUUGUUCUGUUGAAGCACUCGAGAACGGUAACUGCAAAUUCGUUUACAAUCUUUGUGAUAAUGCGACAAAGUUAUUAGAAGAGACAAGACAAAAGAUAUAUGAUAAGACUGACAUUGUCAUGCGUUCGAUGCCAUGCGACUCGACCGUCUGUGUAAAUCAAAACAGAUGUCCUUCAUUUGCAGACGACAAUGUAUGUGCACAAACUGCGGAAAAUGUUGACUAUGGUUGCAGACGACCAACCUUUACAUGUGAUGCUAAUAAUGGGUUUUACUGCAAAUUUAUUGAAUUUAACAAAAAUGAUCCAUUGGAGGACACUGAAUACUUCAGAGAACAAUCAAAUGUAAAAUUGAAUAAUUUGUGCUACAGAUACGAAUGUGUUGAGACUUGUGAAGGUGGAUCACCAACAUAUAAAGAAAGCUUGGAAGCAGGAACAGUAAAGUGUAAACAUUACUGGAACAAAACUUAUGACAACUCAGAACCAAUCCCAAGAAAUUUGUGUGAAGACGCAAAAUGCAAUCCAUUAACAGGAGAGGUCGAAUAUAGAGACAAACAAUGCAUUGUAUCAGAAGAGUUCCCAACACUGACAUCAAACCAGGCCAGAUGCUUCUACUGCCAAUGUUCGUAUAUUGAUGGAGGAGCUUCACUUGUCAUGUUUGCAGAUACUGAAACCGAACAUUACCAACUCGAUGCAUGUGGUAACUGUAUGGUGAUGAACCAGUCCGACUUGACACAACAACUGAACGAAAAGGUACUCUGCAUUCUUGCUGGUGAAAUCAACAACUCUGGUGCCAUUGCAGCUGCAACUACCGUCGCUGCUGUCGUUGUCGCACUUGUGGUUGCUCUCAUCGCCGUCUCUAUUGGUCUUUUCAAGACUUAUCAAUUGGUUAGCUCCGCUAUGAAAAACGUAGUGAACGUUGCAAAUGAAAAUGCCCAGUUUAAGGCAGCAGAUAACGAAGCAGCCAAUACCAACUUCAACGAGUAA